UCAGGACGGCAUCAAACAUGUCCAGAAUCCUUCCCCUGACGGUGAUUUCUCUGCUGGCUGUUUUCGGGCCGUACGUGAGCACAGAAAGACGCUUCGAGCGCUCGGUCAGCAGACCCGUCCGUUCAGUGCUGAGGGUCCAUAACGGGAUGAGAUGGGGCUCGUGGGGGCAGAAGGAAAUAUGUCCGACUGGAAUGUACGUCACAGGGUUUAGUCUUAAGGUGGCAGGUAUGUGGGAAUCUCUGCUGGUUGGUGAUAACACAGCGCUCAAUGGGAUUCGCCUUCACUGCAUCGACCCGUCCAAACACUCAUCGGGCCCGUACGAGGACUACGCCACAGUUCAAUCCGACGUAGGAAGCUGGGGUAAAUGGACAGAUAUAAAAUGGUGCUCGAAAGGAUUCCUGACAUCUUUUCAGCUGAGAGUGGAACCCUAUCAAGGGACCUGGGACGACACGGCCGCAAACAAUAUCAGGUUCAACUGCAGUGGAAAUGCAGAACUACUGCAAGGAUCUGGCAUGUCGUGGGGCAUCUGGGGCGACUGGAGUGAGACGUGUGGAGGAAAAGGAAUAUGUGGCAUCGAGACGAUGGUGGAGCAACCGCAGGGAGUCGGAGACGACACGGCCCUCAAUGACGUGCGCAUGUUCUGCUGUGAUUGAACUGAAUGGUUUCAGUUUCAGAAAAAAAUAAUUUGGUGGAAUUUUUAAAUACAUCAUCAGUAAACCAUAUCUUCCAGUAGUGCUUAACUGGGUAGAAUGAAUUGAGAAGAUUUUUUAUCAAAAUUAUGAUUUUUUUCCCGCUUCACAUUUAAUGGACGACAAUGAAAACAGCAGAAAAAUCCAAUAUUAAAAGAUAUUGAACAUA